AUGUGCAAAGAUAUGUUGACCAAGAGCCUAGGCAGGUCAGCCAUCCUUCAGGCAACUUUGAGGAGCACGAAGAAGCCAGAUAAUGCACAUCGUAAACUCUUCUGGAGCUGUCUCAAGACAGAGAGGUUUACGUCCACUUCUGAAAGAGAAGUAGCCUCUGAAUUGGGACUUGAAAUUGCAAAUGCGAAGCUGAUUCAGUACGAGAACCAGUCAUCGCUACUCCCAGAUCUAGAACCUUCGUGGUCAUCCCCUUCCGCCAAAGGCGACAAAUCUUAUUCGUUGGCCGUACAGCACGAGCAGAGCUGGAUGUACUAUCUGACAGACAUCUCACUUCGAAAGCUGGAAAUCCUAAUCGAAUCAUUCUUUGCCACUCAACAGGCAGAGCAGCACCAACCAGAGAGUGUGGACCUCGAGUCAUUCUACCGAGACAUUCUCAACACCCUGGCAGAUCUAGACAACCAGAUCAUGCUAGAUUUCAUUAAUCUUCCGGAUUCUAUCACCUUUGAGACCGACGAGUCCGGCCAUUCUCCCGAUGACUUGCGAGAAUACUUGAGGCUCCGAUUGAUCAUCAUUCGCCACACACUGAGCAGGCCUGCUCUCCACUUCAUUCUUCAUCGAGGCCUCGAUGGAUUAUCCAUGCCGCUGCGAGCUCAGGCAAUCGACCUUGCAAAUAGAGCUCUCCGGAUCGAUAGAUUCCUUGUGACCCAUGGACUAACUACACAUCGACAUCUCGGAACUUGGCUUGGUAUUCGUUACUGUACAUGUGCGGCGUUGGAGAUCAUAGCUGCAGCAAAGAGUGGUAUUUUAUAG